AGCUAUUCAGUUUUAACAUUCGUAUAAUUGUCUCGUUUGGGAAGAGAAGAGCUAGCUAAAUUAGCUACAUAUACUAUUUCGUCGAGCCAGCGUAAACAAUGACAUUACUAUGCCCCCUAAAGCCAAGGCAGCAGGUAAGGGCAGAGGACCACCCAAGAGAAAGCUUGCUGAAGCAUUCCCCCCAGGGGAAGUGCUGACAGACACAGGCAAGAAGUCCUGGAAACUGGGAUCCCCCAUCGGACAGGGUGGCUUUGGACUCCUCUAUCUGGCUGAUGAGAAUUCUUCUAAAACAGUUGGAGCCGAUGCCCCUUAUGUCAUCAAAGUGGAGCCCAGUGACAACGGACCACUGUUCUCGGAGCUCAAGUUCUACAUGCGAGCUGCCAAGCCGGAUCUAAUUCAGAGUUGGACAAAGUCCCACAAGCUGAAGUAUUUAGGAGUUCCAAAGUACUGGGGGUCUGGGCUCCAUGAGAAAGGAGAUAAAAGGUACAGGUUCAUGGUGAUGGACCGGUUUGGGUUGGAUUUGCAGAAGAAGUUUGAGGAGAGCGGAAGGCAGUUCCCCAGAAAACUGGUCCUGCAACUCGGGUUGAGACUUCUGGACAUUCUAGAGUACAUCCAUGAGCAUGAGUAUGUCCACGCUGACGUCAAAGCCUCCAACCUUCUGCUCAGCCACAAAAACCCCAAUCAGGUUUAUCUAGUAGAUUACGGGCUGGCCUAUCGGUACUCUCCUGAAGGCAUACUGAAAGAGUACAAGGAGGACCCUAAGAGGUGCCACGACGGGACCAUCGAGUUCACCAGCAUCGACGCCCACAAAGGAGUCUCUCCCUGUAGGAGGAGUGACCUGGAGAUCAUGGGCUACUGCAUGAUCCAGUGGCUCUGUGGUAAACUGCCCUGGGAAGACAAGCUACAGGAUCCCCUCUACGUCAGAGACUCCAAAAUACAAUGCCGAGAUGACAUCUCAGCGUUCAUGUCCAAGUGUUUCCCCUCACAAGACAAGCCAGAAGAACUUCAGAAGUUUAUGGAGGAGGUGAAGACUCUAAGCUACACAGACAAGCCAGCCUAUCAGAAGCUCCGGUCCAUUCUGGAGGCGGGGCUUAAGUCAGUUGGAGCCAAGGACGACGACAAGUUGGAGUUCUCCUCAGCGCUCAACGGGGCCGGGCCUUCGUCCUCUGCCAAGAAGAUUCCCAAAAGGAAACGAGUGGUAGAUUAUAAAGAGGACUCAAAUGACGAAUCGUACGUCACUCCCACCAAAAAAAGAAAAUCUCCAAAGAAGAAAGACAUUAACGGAGUGAAGAAGGUGGCCAGUGCUAAUAAGGCUAGUCCGGUAAAUGUGGCUGCCACUCCUAAAAACAAGCUGGUAGAGACGGGAACCCAAACCACACCUGGCCUGAAGAGAGCCCGAGGCAGACCCAAGAAGAAGGUGGACCCGGUAGAAUAGAGUCCUUAUUUCAACCUUCCAUAGUUUCUAUUUGCUCAGCUUCCUUUUCGCACUGUCUGCUUUUAAGAGAGACUCCUUUUUUAAAGUUUGUACAGUAUCAUUUGUAUCUGUUCUGAACUGUGCAUGUUUUUUGAUAUUACAUUUUAUUAACAUGCAGGGCCUGUAAGUCUAAUAAUAAAGGAAUGAUAGUAAUAUUGA